AUGAAACAGACAAGGAAGCCUCAAAAGAAGAAUGGAAUAUUUCAACGGGGGCAACAAAAGAUCAAACUAUCAAUAAAUAAGCCUCGAGGAGUUUUACCGCCAUUGCCGCUUCCUUACCCUCCGAAGAUCGACCUCCAAAAGAUGGUGGCGAAACUUGCCUCCAAGCCAAAGCUGGCACGAUUUCCGAACGCAUUCAUACUUUACAGAAAUGAGUACGUUCAAUUUCUCAAAGCCAAGGACCUUCAUCUGUCAAUGACUGAAUUGUCGCCAAUGAUUGCUGCAUCAUGGAAGCAAGAACCUGAAUGUGUUAAGGACGCCUACACUCAACUUUCAAGCGAAGCCGAAAAAUUGUAUGUGCGGGUAGCCGCAAACGCGCAACCCGAAAUAAAAUACAAGUUUCCAACUCCGCAACGACAUUCAGGUUAUAAUGACUAUACAACCACCGAUGCUUCCAUUGUGACGCAAAGAAAAAGUAACGACUCCAUCUCCAAAUAUGAUAUCUCUCAAUACAAUCGACUUCUGGAAUCAUCUUCCACAUUCUCAAAUCCAAGAAGUUAUUGUGAUGUAAGAAACACCUCAAUAAGAUCGGGGAACUCUUUGGAAGCCGACACUUCCGUCAACAAUAUCACAUCAAGCAUACCUGAGUCCACGUUUGAUACUCCAUUGGUGAAGCAACAAGGAAAUUGUUACGUCCAAGACACUUCAUUUAUUCCGUGGACUUCGAGGUUGAACGAACCACUUCGUGAUGCCAUCCCCGAGGUCAUUCAUCAUUCACAGCCCCGUUCAUCAACAACCGACAACGACUCCCUCAUAACGUGUGACCUUGGUAUUACAUUCCCCGAGCAACAAAUGUUUGGGCCAAUGCCUCCUUCACCCGCCUUGGACACCCCCUGCUCCGAAAACGCGUUGUCAUUUUCUCCGACCUGCUUGAAUUGCAUCCGAAGACACUUCUAUGAACAUCAACCUUUCUCGUUUCCUCCCAAUUUGGAAAAUCACGAACCGGUCGCUCAAUCACCAAAAUUCUACCUUUCACCUGCCGUGUCGCCCAUUCAACCUUUCUCUGACGAAUCUUCGUCACAUUCUCCAACUUUCGGCGAAUACGAAGUCGGCGACAUAACAAACGAUUUAUAUUACGUGAUUGAUUCGGCUUUGUCGUCGGGCUCAUACGCGAUUUCCACCUCUCGGGAAAGUUAG